GGGAGGACGUCUUGACUUGUGUCUUUAUGCCCUCAAUGGCACGAAGACACCUGAGCUCACCGAUGGCUAGAGCAUGCUGGGCCGCUUGGCGGGCACUCGUCCCACCACACCACAAGGAACCGACGACGCAGGAGGAAGUGAUGCGGCAGCCUAUAUUUGAUAACCCAAGAAUCACAAACGCGCCAGGAGGGAGUUUUCCAGCAACAUCUACAGCAAGGAACUUCGGUAGAAGGUGGGUUGAGAAGGGUAUCGUUCGGCUGGAGGAUUUGUGGGAUGAAGUAGAAGAGGACUGGAUCCCCACCAACAAGCUGAAACAGACACUAGGUAACCUGCACCUUAUUCGAGAGAGAAGACCACUGCUGUUAGAGGCGAUUCCACAAGACCGGAGGGAGAUACUGCAAACACCAAGGCCAGUUGAGGGGGAAUGGUAUCGAAAUAAGGACAACCCAGAGGACAACUCGGCAUUACGAAUCAUUGAACAACAAGAAGAUGGCACGUGGUUGGCAGAAGAAUGGCAGGCCUCCACACCUCCUGCCACUACCAAGGUGCAGCUGCAAGGAGAGACAUCUAUUCAGGAUGCGGGCAAUCUGCAGCUGAUACGAGUCUUAACUAGCAGCAGUGUACCUAAUCAAGCGCAGCGACCGGCGGACAGCAGGCGCGUUUUUCUCGGGCCGAAGGCAAUACCGGAAGCGAGCCGUUGGGGAGAAGGAGGGAAGGAGGGAGGGAGGGAGGGAGAGAAUUCGAAGAGUGACCGGCCAAGCAAGCAGAAAGGACUUCUUCUUCUGGCUUGGUGUAGGACGCUGGGGAAUGAGCAGAAGCAGCUAACAGCAAGCGAAGGGAUCCGGGGCUAUGGGCGGCAAAUCGCGAUGACGAUGAACGAGCCGGUCAACAAGCCAGUUUAUUUCCCCCGUCGAUAUGUGGAGGAAAACGACCGCCGAUCGAAAAGGAUUGUGAAGAGCAGCAAGAUCAAGUUGAAGGAGAUAGUGAGCGGGCUGGAUCCGACUAAGUUCCUCUCUGCCGGCGACUGGGUGAAGAAGGUCCUGACCAUGACUGAGGACGAGGUCAUAAGCUUGGCCGGCAUGGACUCCGCCAUCUUCCUCCGCAUCUUCACCUUCGGCCUCAAGCUGUUCAUUCCAAUUUGCGUCUUUGGCAUCUUCGUCCUUAUUCCCGUCAAUGUCACCGACAAAUCGCAUCGCACUGUUGACCUGAAAAGUCUUGACACGCUGAGCAUGGCCAACGUGUCUAAGCGCUCUGACCGGUUAGUGGCGCAUAUGUUCUUCGCCUGGAUCUUCUCUUUCUGGACCUAUUACAGGUUAUACAAGGAGUACGACGAGAUAACCGAGCUGCGGUUCAAAGCCAUAGCGAGCUCCAAACGCGCCCCGGACCAGUUCACAGUCCUGGUGAGACAGGUACCGGAGAACCCAAGCGAAAGCAUCAGCGUUCACGUCGAACACUUUUUCCGCGUCAAUCAUCCCAACGCAUAUUUGUCUCACAAUGUCGUGUAUGCCACCAGGAACCUGGACAGCAUGGUCGCGAAGCGACAAAAACUUACGGAUGCCUUGUCGUUUGCCGAGCUGAGGUAUGAGAAAAAACCGACUCGUCGUCCCACUCACAAGGUCGGCUUCCUCUGCUGGGCUAAACGAGUUGACACGAUAGACUGGUGCCGAGAGGAACUGAAGAAGCUGAACAGCGAGAUCGCCGAGGAGCUGAAGCACAUCACGACCAACGAGAGCUUCAUCAUGCCGGCCGCCUUCGUGUCUUUCAGGUCCAGAUAUGGUGCUGCCAUAGCAGCUCAGACUCAGCAGUCCAAGAACCCUCUUGUCUGGUUGACCGAGUGGGCCCCCGAGCCUCGCGAUGUCUGCUGGCCCAAUCUCUCCAUCGACUACAUGCAGCUCAACGGCCGCAUUUGGGUGAUGAGGGCCCUCCUCUUUGGCCUUGUCUUCUUCUACCUUAUCCCCAUCGGUUUUGUGCAAUCAUUAGCCAAUCUUGAAAGCUUGAACGAGAAGGUUCCCUUCUUCCGGCAUAUCACCAACGUCCCUGUCGUUAACCAGGUCUUAACCGACUUUCUCCCCGGUUUGGCGUUGAAGAUCUUUCUUGCCAUCCUUCCGUCCCUGUUGAUGGUCAUGUCGACGUUCCAGGGGUACGUGUCGAACAGCGGAAUCCAGAGAUCGGCAGCGGAGAUGUACUAUUACUUUAUGAUUGUCAAUGUGUUCUUUGGGUCCAUAUUCGCGGGGUCAGCGCUGAACCUGGUCAACAGGUUCAAGGCUCUGCUGGAGAACCCGGGGGAUAUCCCAAUGACUUUCGGGCGGGAAAUCCCAUCGAGGGCCCCCUUCUUUAUCACCUAUAUCAUGCUUGAAGGAUGGGCCGGGUUCCCAUCGGAAGCCCUCCGCGUCUCCACCCUUGUCGUCUUUCACAUCAAGUCCUUGUUGCUGUUCAAGACAGAGAAGGACAAACUUGAUGCCACCAAACUAGAUCCUGUGGAGUACCAUGUUGAGAUCCCCCGGCUUAUGCUCUUCUUCUUGCUCGGUCUGGUCUACAGCGUCACCUCCCCGUUGCUCAUCCCCUUCUUGCUGACCUAUUUUGCUCUCGGGUAUGUCGUCUUCAAGAACCAGAUUAUCAAUGUCUACGACCCCGCGUACGAAAGUCAAGGUUCGUUCUGGCCGUACGUGCAUGGUCGCGUCGUCACCGCUCUCGUUGUCAUGCAAAUCAUGCUCAUUGGUGUCUUCAUGCUGAAGGAGAAGUUCAAACUCGUUCCUUUGCUACUUCCCCUCCCCAUACUGACCGUCUUCUUCACAUCAUACUGCACGAAACGCUUCUUUCCGGCUUUCCAAAAGUACUCUAUGCAAGAGGCCAUGAGUAAAGAUACCGUAGAUUCGGUCCGCAACCGGGGCCAGGAUGUGAGGAGUUUCCUUACAGAUGCGUACCUGCAUCCCAUGCUGCAGGCUGCCAAGGAAGAUUUUGACGAUAUCGAUGUCGAGGAUGAGGAGAGCAGUAGAUUGCCGCGCCAGCCGGGUUCCCCGGAACUGAUAGCCUGCAAGUAUUAUCCCAAAGGGACCUUCACCCCCAGGACGGGCAGCAAAGCUGGCGACGCCGACACACGCAGCGACCAUGGCAAGUACAGCGGAAUCCUCAGAAGUGGCAAGUUUGAUGCAAAUGGUGGUGGUGGUGGUCCUGCGGCUGCUCCUGGACUAGUGACUCCAAAAAAGAGUGGAAUUGGUGCUGUAGGUUCGGAUGGGACUAAGACCCCGAAGGCGGGUGGUUUGACAGGGGCAGCAGGUGGGGCAACCAUCAGUCCCCAGAGUGCAGCCGGGAGCCCCGUGAUUGGUAAUCGGGGUGCGGUUGGCCCAGGUCCCGAGGGCCCCUAUUUGAAUGGCAACUACCGCACGUAGUGCUCGAACCUGCCACUGAUUUGUUGAUGCUGUCUGACGUGGACGGACAAACAGGGGCAUGGAGUUUCUACACAAUUUGUCCAGCACAUGCCGGCUCGUCCCUCCAUGCUCGAGAAAUAUGCUAGCAGGCCACCCACCCACCUUAUGCACCUAAUGCCUGCCUGCCUGCCUGUCUUCACCGAAUUGAUCAUGCUCUUGGCUGGCGGCAGAUUAAGCUUGUGUAGUGGGUGGUUGUGAGCAGUGCUAGAAAGUUAGUAGAAAGUAAUACCCCCCAACAUUAGAAACUAACCUCUCACACUAGAAAUGAAGUGCAGUGGACUCG